AUGGUGGGAUGUCACACCGAGCUGCAAUACUUAGCUCGUUUGGAGCUAUAUGAAACGGAGAAGCCUUUCCUUGCCAAUUUUAAGGUCUCGAAUGGAGCGAGAAGCACGAAUCAUAUUUUCGAACCAAAGCCGGUGUUUGUGGAGGACGGCCACGGCCAGCCCUUCAGUCUAGACGUAAAUGGAUUUGCUUUUAUGAAGCAUGAAACCAACCUUCAACCAGAGGACUUUUCCGACGCGGACAGGGUGAGAUCGGUGUACGUAGAUGAGAUUAACCAGUUCGUUCGCCAGAAAUUUCCCAAAUACACAGAUCUUGUCUUUCUAGACUUUGAGGUAAGAAGGCGAGAUGUAAGCUUCCUAAUGGACAAAUUAAACAAGUAUCCACACGCCCAACCACUACGCGCCGCCCAUGUUGAUAUGACCACGGAGGGGGCGCGCCUGAAGAUAAAUUUGUUGCCUGAAGAGCAAAUAGCGGUGCUCGAAGGAAAGGACUUCGAGCGACUGCUUAGAGGGCCAACUACGGACUGGCCUCUUGCUGUCUUAGAUUAUCAGUCUUUAUACAGUGGCAGAGACACAGCUUGCAACGACAACAUCUUUGUAGAUGCACCGUCUGAGAACUUUUUGCUACACUACAACGAGCAUCAUCGAUGGGUAUAUCUGAAGGACCAGAAGCCUGAUGAGAUUUAUAUCUUCUGA